AUGGCAACAAUUGAUGAGUUCACACAUAGAUACUUCAACGAUUCUCAACAACGUACUAUUUCUGCAGAUUCUGCAAGAGGAUGCUCUCAAUAUAACAUCUGUAGAGGAGAAAGAAACUAUUCCCGUUUUUCCUCUUCUGACUUUUACUCUAGUCUUGGGUUGGAAGACUUCCUCUCUGUAGGUGACACUUCUGGAACGGAGGAGGAUACAGACUCAGCUAUCUUAUAUGGCACUUUGCGAGGAAGUGUUGUUGGAUUACGAUACUACACAGGGAUUGUUAAUAACAAUGAGAUGGUUGCACUUCAGAGAGAGCCCAAUAAUCCUUAUGAUAAAAAUGCAGUGAAAGUAAAUAAUGUGAAUGGAGACCAGGUAGGCCAUAUAAAAAAAGAACUAGCGGCAGCAUUGGCAGGCAUUAUGGACAACAAACUAGCAUUAGUUGAAGGGGUUGUCCCUUAUGGAGCAAAAAAUGCCUUUACUAUGCCUGUACAAAUGAGCUUUUGGGGAAAAGAAGAAAACAAGGAAGCAGUGCUAGAUCAGCUAAAAAGGCAUGGAUUCAAAUUGGCUCCUCCUCUGAAAGUAGGUUCAGAAUAUGGUUUUGGAUCAAAGUGGAUUUCUGGGAGAGCUGGUCCAAGUUAUAGUGCUCCAGUUCAUGCUGCUGUGCAGUUGACCACUGAACAGCUUAAAAGUGAAUUUGACAAAUUGUUUGAGGAUCUGAAGGAAGAUGAUAAAACUUGUGAAAUGGAAGGAGCAGAGGCUGUUGGCACACCCUUGCUUCCCCAUCAGAAGCAGGCUUUAGCUUGGAUGGUUUCAUGUGAGAACAGUAAUGAUUUGCCACCGUUUUGGGAAGAGAGAAGUAACUUCUAUUACAAUACACUUACAAACUUCGCAGAAAAGCAGCGACCUAAAAAUGUUCUUGGAGGAAUACUGGCUGAUGAUAUGGGACUGGGUAAAACACUUACUACUAUUGCAUUGAUUCUCACAAAUUUUCAAGAUGGCAAGCCUCUUCCUGUUGAAAAGAUCACAAGUGAUAAGUUUUAUGAGGAAUCUGGUACUAACAGCAAGAACAACGUUGGACGCAGACUAUGUAAAGACUCUAGCAAUGUGAUGGAGCCUGGUGGUUCUAACGUAAAAAAGUUUGAAACUACUCCGUUGAAAUACUCAAGUUGUCCUCCAAAAAGAGAUAAAGCCAAGAAACCCAGAUAUUCAGGAAGCAGUGACUUGGGAGAGUCUGAAGAAUGGCUACUGCAACAAACAGAGACAACUUCCUGUGUUAUCCAAGAAGAUACUGGCUUUGCAUCUGUUCUUCUACCUUCAUCUACUUGUUUAAAAAGACAAACAAAGAGAAAAGGUGUCACUAGCGUUCAGUCAGUUGAGAAGAAAUAUUCUGAUGGUGACCCCAGAGCAACACUGAUUGUAUGUCCACUGUCUGUCCUAAGCAACUGGAUUGACCAGUUUGAACAACAUAUCCACCAAGAUUUUCAUGUAAAUAUUUAUGUUUAUUAUGGUUCUGACCGUAACAAGGACCCAUCAGUUCUUUCAGAACAAGACAUCGUACUGACAACAUACAACAUCUUAGCUACUGAUUACGGAAUCAGAGGUGACAGCCCUUUACACAAAGUCAAGUGGCUGAGAAUUGUGUUGGAUGAGGGGCACACUAUACGAAAUCCAAAUGCUCAGCAAACUAAAGCUGCCUUAAAUCUGGAGGGACACAGAAGAUGGGUACUUACAGGCACUCCUAUUCAGAAUUCUGUAAAGGAUUUGUGGUGUCUUAUUUCCUUCUUAAAACUGAAACCUUUCACUGAUCGAGAGUGGUGGCACAGAACGAUUCAACGUCCAGUCACAAUGGGAGCUCCAGGAGGACUUGGGCGUUUACAGUCUCUGAUUAGGAGUAUCACCCUUAGAAGAACUAAAACAAGUAAAGUUAAAGGAAAACCCAUUUUGGAGUUACCAGAACGUAAAGUACUUAUUCAGCAUGUUACGCUUACAGAGGAAGAGAGGCAAAUCUAUCAGUCUGUGAAGAAGGAGGGCAAAGCUGCUAUUAGCAGAUUUUUCAGUGAAGGGACUGUACUAACUCACUAUGCUGACAUCCUUGGUGUCCUGCUCAGAUUGAGGCAGCUUUGUUGUCAUCCUCAUCUUUGUAUAAAUACAUCUUCUUCUAGUUUUUCAGCUGAUAAUAAAACUCCUGAAGAACUGCAUGAGACAUUAGUGAGUAAAAUGAAGUUGGUUCUGAGCUCUGGUUCAGAUGAAGAAUGUGCAGUUUGCUUGGAAUCACUGACUCUUCCUGUGAUAACACGCUGUGCGCAUGUGUUUUGUAAGCCAUGUAUUUUUGAAGUCAUCAGAAGUGAACAGCCAAAUGCCAAAUGCCCUCUCUGUAGGAAUGAGCUUCGAGUAGAGCACUUGGUGGAAUGUCCCCUAGAAGGGGAAAUAGACUCCAGUAAUGGAAGGAAGUCUGAUCAGGAGUGGAUAUCCAGUUCAAAGAUAGAUGCUCUCAUGCAUGCUUUGAUAGAACUACGGAGGGAUAAUCCAACUGCUAAAUGUCUGGUUGUUUCUCAGUUCACAACUUUUCUGUCACUGAUAGAAUAUCCCUUGAAAGAAUCAGGGUUUGCCUUUACUCGUUUGGAUGGGUCAAUGGCACAGAAGAAAAGAGUAGAAGCAAUUCAGUGUUUCCAAAGCAGCCAAGCAGGAUCCCCAACUGUAAUGCUUUUGUCGCUGAAAGCAGGUGGAGUUGGAUUAAAUCUGACAGCAGCUUCCCGAGUGUUUUUAAUGGAUCCUGCUUGGAAUCCUGCUGCAGAAGACCAGUGUUUUGACAGGUGUCACAGGCUGGGUCAGAAGCAUAAUGUUGUUAUUACUAAGUUCAUUGUGAAGGAUUCAGUGGAAGAAAAUAUGCUGAAAAUUCAGAACAAGAAGAGGGAACUUGCAGCAGGAGCCUUUGCUACCAAAAAGCCUUCAGCAAGUGAAGUAAACCAAACAAAAAUUAAUGAAAUUAAGGCUUUAAUUGAUUUAUAGCUUGAAACUGUGGUAUUUUGAGUAAAUAAUACAUUUAAUAUUUUAGUUAAUAUUGCUCUUCAAGUUACGUAUCUCAUGCUAACUUUUAGUUUUGCUGUCUUUGUGGUCAAAACAUAAAUACUUCAAAUAAAUUCUAAGAAUUAAUUUGCUCCUAAAUGUUAAUUUAGAAAUGCACAAACUUGUUUUGCACUCCUGAAAUCUUUCCAGUGUUCAUUUCUUCAAAAUGUUGCUUAUUAUGUACAAUGCUUAAGAAUACAUAAAAAUCCCUCAAAACAGAAAUGCAUAUUCAUGCAUUCUAACUUGCAAGAAUUUAAUCUCUUUUUAGAGGUGAAUAGAAAUGAAAUAGCUUCGUGUUUCAAUCUGUGUUUCCUGAUAACCAAACAGAUCAUCUGGAUUGUUUGUUUCGGAAUAGGUGGUCAGUGAUCACUUCAUAAGGAAUUCUUACUUUUGCAGACUAUGUUCAAAGAUGGCAUUUAAUUCAAAAUUUUAAAUUUUUUUUUUACUAUUUCUGAAUAAUACACAGGUGCAGCAGGGAGUUCCUCUGAUUACUUCCCAGAAGCUAGUAAAAAAUGAAGUACUUAAAUUUGUAAAACACUUUCUUCUAAUAUUUUACUUCCCUUAAACAGAAUUCCACUGAUUUUUGUAAAGCUUUUGUGACUUGGAUAAAAUGCUAGAAUCAUAGGCUUGUAUUGAUAACACGCUUUCUAAUAAUUUCUGUACACACUUCAAACAGUACGACUGUGCUAUAUGCGAAGUGGAAUAUGACCCACUCAUCAGUGAAUCAGUUAGCCCUUGCAAAAUAAAUUAAACAGAACAAAUUAUUUUAAUAGUUGCCAGCUUUCUAACAGUUUUCUUGCACUGGUAAGUGCUUUUCCAAUCCCAUACGUAUGUCUUAAUGGAAUGCUGAUCUGCACGCAUCUUGAUUUAUAGAGGAAGAACUUGGUAAACUAUUAAUGUUCAUGUACUGCAAAAUAAUAAAUAGCGCUGAAGAAUCUCAGUUGAAUAUUACUUGAAUAUUCUUGUCUGUUCCUUCUUUCUCUUUCCAUUUGAUUCUGGUCUUCUGUUAUGUGUUUUCUUAACACUGUGCUGCCUUCCCUGUAACGCUCAGACUUAGACUCGGAGGCAGAGAUUGCUAUGUUUAGGUCCUGUUUAGAUUCUAUGUUUAGAUUCAGGAAGUGUAUUUGGCAGCAGAGAAAUGGAAUCUGAUUUGCUUCUAAUGCCUUUCACCUUUUCUUAUGUCUUGGAAUACCAGCCAGCUGAUUAUAAGAUGAAUUGCAAACAUAGGAAAUGGAAAAGGACUGAGAAAUAAAGGGAAGAUGUCUGGUAUUUGGAGAAAUAGUGAGCCAAUGGAAGGAGCGAGAAAGGAAUUCAAAAUAUGUAACCUAACAAGCUGAUGCAGUUUUUUGGGAGCCAGCAUCUUAGCUAUGGAGAAGAGUGUGUUUUAAGUCUGUUAGAGAAAGAAUUAAAAAGACAUGAAUGAUGGAAAACAACGCGAACCCCAGUAACUGGUUGUCACUGGAAUGUUGAUAAAAGAAAACAGAGCUACACCUGACUGAAUUUUUUUUUUUUCAUCGAGUUUCUGCAAGUUAAGCUUUCUUUGGAUUUUUGUGCUUCAGAUUCUGAUGUUCAGAGAUAAGCUGAAUAAGCUGAUUAUGACUGAGAGAUUUGGCUUUGUGUCAUUCUUCCCAUUUUCCAAGUUAAAAUUCCACGAGGAAGAGGCCCAUUUCAAUGGCUAGUCAAGCUACAUCGUUACUUGUGUUAAAAUAUGCUGACAUUUUGCAGAGUGGCUGAGUUAUGAUUAUGAAAACAAUUACUAGUAUCAUUUUUCCUCUACUAGAUGAUCGUUCCCAUGUUCCAAAGCCAAAUAAAAAGUUCCUGGAGUUAGUACUAAGCAGUAUGGCUAGUUAAGCGCUCUCCCAAGAAAGCCAUUAAUGUAUCUGAGAGAAUAGUUAAAAGUCAAAGCUGAGAGCAGAAAAGUCCUGUCUGAUUUGAUGGGGCUAUUCUGUUACUUGGGUGGUUAAAAACCACAGCGUUGUGGUUGGUUGGGGUUUUCUUUUUGCUUUUAAUGAACUGUAAGUAGUCUUUGGCUAUUGCUGUUCUCUUUCUUGGGAGUUCUAACGCUGUGUUCUGUGGCAUGUUCUAGAAGUGAGCUUUUGGAAUUAUGAACUUAAUGUUUUUAAUUCCAAAGACUGGACUUAGUAGUCUAUCAUUCUGGGUUUUUUUACCCCCUACAUAAAAUAAAGAUGUAAAUGGAAAAAAAAAAUGCUUCUAAACUUUUUCAGAGUUGCUCUGAGUUGUCACCAUCUAAGGAACACCUUAGAUUAUAUGCUUUUUAAAGGCAAACGGAGUUCCAAUACUUGAGUCGCUAUCUAAGCAGGGCUAUGAUUCUUUUGAAUAAUGAUGUUUUGAGUAUAGUGCUUUAAUUCAGUUACUGUUUUGAGUACUUGCAGUUUAGAGCAGAAAAUUGUUUGAUGUAUCAACUGAUACUGUUACCAAGGAUAAAAAGAGAUCUCUCUGUUUCUGCAAAUGCUGCCUGCAGUAAUUAUGAAGGAAAUAGUGGCAGAUAAUGACACGAAGGUCACUUUAUUGAAAAUAAGCUGCAUAGAGUUUGAUACAGAUGUCAUACCUUUUCGCUUUCCUGAGGCUGUGGGUAAACAACCACUGUAUGAGUCACAGAGGCUAGGACAGAAUUGUUGUAUAGGUUUUCUUUCUUUACUCAUUGUAUUUGUUAACUCAAAACAUGCAGGUUUUCAUCUUACUCAGCAUCUCUCCUUACCUUCUUGUAUUAACGUAACAAAACUUACAUGCUAAAACAAAUUUUCAGGUUGGUAUAGUCUCAUGCUUUUGCACUUUCAGUCCUCUCCAACUAAGCGUAAAAAGAAGUAAUGUGCCUAUUCUCUAGUACGAAUACAGACAAGGGGAACAAAACUAAGACUGUUUACCUGUCUUCAAAAGAGUAUUUUACCAUUUUCCAUAGAGUAUUUUGUGAGCAUGCAGAACUCCAAUAUUCGUACUUGUUGGAUAAAGUAUACUUUUGUCACUACAGAUUGUAACUAGUAAUCCCUCCUGUUUUCACACAACUUCGAAUUUACCUGUUAAAAAACCCAACGCAGCAAAAGAAAAACCCACACAGGAAAGGGCUAGUUACAACUGGGAGUUCAGAUGCUAUGUAUUUUUAAAUAGCUACAAGCUACUUUGGUUUGGACCUUAUCUUUAGCAUUUUUUGCUGAAUGGUGACCAAGGAAUCUUAGAGCAAUUAAGUAGCAAAACCAAGUUAAAACAAACUAACACUUGUAUGCAGAUCACAUCUUCUGCUUUACCAGCAAAUGGUGAGAGCUUGUUGAUUGUUUAUCUCUAGGCUAGAAGUUUAGCACCCUCACUAGCUUCCUGCCAAAAUCCUCCUUUAUGAGGAAAUAAUGAAAUAAUAUUUUCUUAGUGUUUCAGGACUAGUACACAGUAUAGCUGUCAACAGUUCUGUUUAGAAUUUUGGCUGAAGGAUGGAUCUGAAACUUAGUACAGAUAACAGCCAAUCUCUGUCUACAGUAUUCUUUUGUUACUGUGGUAUUUUUACUGCUUUUCCAUGUGUCUUAGAAUACAAUGCGUAGCCCAAGUGUGGCAAAAAAGCACUUUCUUUUACUCCCUGCAUGCACAGAAAGAGUAGUUUUUCCUAAUCAGGGUAGAUGCAGUUACUUAAGCAGCUAUUCAGUCUUUCUUUGCCAAAAUAGCAUCACCAUUGUGUUUAAAAACAAGUUCACUGUACAGGGCUUACGUUAGGGAUGAUCUUUCUUUAGUCACUGAAAGAAACAUUCCCUCUUCCCAAGCUCCAUGUUGCUUAUGUGAGUAGCUUCAGCAGGUACUUCCUCUGUAGCCCUGUCCUAUACUUAGGACAAGCUAAUAAGGGGAUUGGCCCUAAACAGCUCCCUAGCAAAUAACUAUAUACUCUGUAAAUAACUACAGAACUAAAAGCUGGACAUUUGCUAAUGGUAGCUAGAAUAGCAUUAGCAAAGCUUAAGGGUUAUACCUGUUCAAUAUUUCAGUUAGACUGCUUCAGAGCUUUUUUUUUUUUUUUGCUCAAGAGUUUAGGGAAGCCAGAAAUGCAUGACAACUUUUUAUUUUUGUAUCAAGUGCAACAUUGCAAAUAACAGAUAAAACUCAUUUUACUAGUCCCAUAGUAUACAGAACUGAAAAAUGCAUUCUGCCAUGCUGUAGGCACUGUGCAUAAGAACCUGAUCAAAACUUAAGUGCAAUUGUGACUGGAAGAGCAAAGCAGUGCUAUUACUGUUACAUCUGUAUGUAUCCCAGUGUCACUAAUA